GCGGCUGCGAUGGACGCGUAUCGUAACGAUCUUCGGGCCGUAAUAAAAUGGAACCUAGAAGUCGAAAGAAAGCCUCAUAACGCGCGCACGUUUAACACGAAGUUAACGACAGGCACAUUACUGAUUUUGUCACAAAAUCACGACGACGACGUCAUCGAUUUUCAACAUGAGGCUGCUGUCGAAUGUCGUCGCGAAUGCGCGCAAGCAUCUGGCGGUUGGUGGCAACCUGCCGGUUGUCUGCUCCGCCAGUCGCAGGAAAAUGGCGACCGAGGUGGAGAAGGCACAGGCCGCCGCGCCGGAAGGCGACACGAUAUUUGGGAAAAUGAUACGCAAGGAGAUCCCGUGCAACUUUAUUCACGAGGACAGCCAGUGUGUCGCUUUUGACGAUAUAAAUCCUCAAGCGCCCGUGCACUUCCUGGUGAUUCCACGCAAGCCGAUUGCGCAGCUCUCGAAAGCUCAAGAUAAGGACGAGCCGUUGCUCGGUCACCUAAUGAACGUCGCUCAUAAAAUUGCGAAACAAAAAGGCCUGACAAACGGAUUUCGCUUAGUUGUCAACGACGGGAAACACGGAGCGCAGUCUGUGUACCAUUUACAUCUGCACGUUCUUGGUGGUCGACAGUUAGAGUGGCCGCCCGGUUAACAUGUUUAUACGCUUAAAUAUAUAAACGUGGUUUUCGUAAAGUCUCUACUUUCUAUUAAUAAAGUGUUGAUAAACGUAAAAGAA